AUGUACCGGUUGGAAAAUGUUGUAAGCGACCAGCAAAAAAUAAAUAAUUCUUCUACAAAAAAUAAUUAUCAUCCUGUUGAUGAAAUUAUUUACAAAUUCCCGUUAACCAGCCUUGAUGAAUUAAACAUAUUUGGAGAAAAAAUAAUGGACAACGAUUUUCGACAAAAAAUGAUAACAUUUUUAGUUCGACUAGAACGUACAACAGUGUCAGAUAUGACGCGUCAAAUUAUGUCAAAAGUGUUUCACAAUAAUUUGCUGAGCAAAUUCUCAUAUAGCGGACAAAAAAAAAAAAUGAUUUUCUCUACUCUAAAUUCUUGUGCCCUUAUAUUUGAAACCAUAAGAACUGUACAAAAUCAUAAAAAUUGUAUUGAUCAAGAGAUAUUGAAACCAAUGAAAUUUUAUAUGGCUAGUGUCAAGUUUCGAGAAGAAAAAAAACAAAACAAAAAUAACAAUUUAAUUUCUUAA